AUGGCCGGGGGCGGCGGGGGCCCGGGCCCACCCCCGGGACGGCUCCUGGGAACCGUGGCGGUGGUGGUGGCCGUGAGAGCUGUACCUAAGGAAAAGCAGCAUCCUUUUGAUUUAAUAGGAAGUAAUUAUGUUUAUGGUGACAGCAAACAUGAAGUUAACGUGUAUGUUAAAGUGUUUACAAACAGCCCAGUUCUAAUCUGUAUGGAUUUGGCUCUUUCUCAAAAAGAAGUGGUAGAUCCCAAGUAUUUCUGGACUGGUCCAGAUGGAAAAAAAUUACAAGGGCAACCAUAUGUGGAUCUUAAAGAAGGAGGAAAGCUGAUGGUGAGGGGUUUUAAGGAGUACAUGUCUGGAGCCUACACUUGCACUCUUUCUCACAAAAUCAUAGAAACUACAACACAAGAGGAAAGAGAAAUAUUUAAGACAUAUAGAUUUAUGGUGUAUGCAUACAGGGAAGCUGACCACGCAUACCAGAUCUUUGUGCUCUUUACUACAAAGGAAUGUGAGCUGGCAGCCAACAGGCACUUCUUCGAGGAGCUCAAGAAGAUCUUACACAACAUCAUCUCUGAUCUGACCUGUCACAUCGUGCAGUCAUCCUACAAAUGCCAUGCUGUCAAGAUACCCACACAAGGCCUCCAGCACGAGCUAUUUGUUAGCUUUCAAGUCAAUCCUUUUGCCCCAGGAUGGAAAGAAGUCUGUCACCAGGUUCCCUACGAUUGUGAAGAUGCGACAAACAUGAGAGUUCAAGAGGCAAGAGAUCGAAUCGGAGAGUUUUUCAGCAAGCAGACAGAUGCUUUGAAGCAGCAUUUCCAGGCUGUUCCCACCAUACACUAUGUGGACAAGAGUUUCUCAGUCACUCGCAUGGACAGCUGCAGACCAGGGUUUGGGAAGAACGACCUCACCCACCAGAGCUGCGCCAGCUGCUGCGUGGUUUGUGAUCCUGGAACUUACAGUCCUAACAACGAUGUGACCUGCCAGAUUUGUGAGAGUCCUCGAGUCAAAAAGUAUGGAGCAAGAUCUUGCUAAUGAGCUGAUGACAGGCACUGGGAAACCAAAGAGCAGCUGUGGAAGUCUUACUGGUUUUGUGAUGCUUCACAACUCUGGAAUCCUACAUGACUUUUUGAAAAAAAAAAAAAAAAAAAAAAAUCACAAAACCUCCUCAUUCACACACCUCUAGAUUUUCUGUACUGAGGAAGCAUUUAGACUGUAAAAGUGGUACAUAAACCAGAGUGUUAACACAAGGUAAAGUAAUUCACUGAAAAAAGGACAUUUGGCUGUUAGUGCAGAGUCUGGUACUUGGGGUGGACACCAGACAGGCCACAGUUUUGUGCUGCAUUUUGCUCAGAGAAUGUGAAGUAUCUGUAGACAGUUCAGGGAGAGAUGGCAGAGAGAUGUGGUGGGGUUAGGGGGCAUAUGCCAGAAUCUCUGUGAGCAAUUUCUUGCAGAUAUUCAUACAAGUAUUUCAUCUUUGUCAUUUAAAAGCAAUAAAUGUCCUUACCUUUGG